AUGAUCCAAGUACGCCUAAACAGCUUCUACCAUCCAUCACAACGCCACUGUACUCUAGUACAUCAAAAUUCCAACGCAGCGGCUGUGUCAAACGAACAGGCCCGUGGCGGCCAGCCGACGCUGCAGCUCCAGGGCGCAGACCAACCGGUGAAGAAUGCGUUUUGGCUUCGGAAGAUUGCCGCCAACGGGCGACCUGUUGAGCACCAGCACCCCACCCUGAUCGAUCGAGCCCGCGGACUUCGCUACUGCUCUGACAUAGAAGCGUUCUGGAAUGGGUUAAGCUCUGGAGGGAAUCUGAUUUGA